GUUCCACCGGGUGGGAAAGCGGAAGGAUAUCUGACUGUUGGCUAUAAAGCCCGCUCCACUGCUCUUUGUUUGUUACAGCCUGACGGAACCCGGAAGACUCAGACACGUACACCGGUGGAAAUCAUUUGUUUUGCCAAAAUGCAGAUCUUUGUGAAGACGCUGACGGGAAAGACCAUCACCCUAGAGGUUGAGCCCAGCGACACCAUUGAGAACGUGAAGGCAAAGAUCCAGGAUAAGGAAGGAAUCCCUCCAGACCAGCAGCGUCUGAUCUUUGCUGGCAAGCAGCUCGAGGACGGCCGCACCCUCUCUGACUACAACAUCCAGAAGGAAUCCACCCUCCACCUGGUGCUGCGUCUCCGUGGAGGCAUGCAGAUCUUCGUGAAGACCCUGACUGGCAAGACCAUCACCCUGGAGGUUGAGCCCAGCGACUCCAUUGAGAACGUCAAGGCCAAGAUCCAGGAUAAAGAGGGAAUCCCCCCAGACCAGCAGCGUCUGAUCUUUGCUGGAAAGCAGCUGGAAGAUGGCCGCACCCUCUCUGACUACAACAUCCAGAAGGAAUCCACCCUCCACCUGGUGCUGCGUCUCCGUGGAGGCAUGCAGAUCUUUGUCAAGACCCUGACUGGCAAGACCAUCACCCUGGAGGUGGAGCCCAGCGACUCCAUUGAGAACGUGAAGGCCAAGAUCCAGGAUAAGGAGGGAAUCCCUCCAGACCAGCAGCGUCUGAUCUUUGCCGGCAAGCAGCUGGAAGAUGGCCGCACCCUCUCUGACUACAACAUCCAGAAGGAAUCCACCCUCCACCUGGUGCUGCGUCUCCGUGGAGGCAUGCAGAUCUUCGUGAAAACCCUCACCGGCAAGACCAUCACCCUGGAGGUGGAGCCCAGCGACUCCAUUGAGAACGUGAAGGCCAAGAUCCAGGAUAAGGAGGGAAUCCCUCCAGACCAGCAGCGUCUGAUCUUCGCCGGCAAGCAGCUGGAAGAUGGCCGCACCCUCUCUGACUACAACAUCCAGAAGGAAUCCACCCUCCACCUGGUGCUGCGUCUCCGUGGAGGCAUGCAGAUCUUCGUGAAGACCCUGACUGGCAAGACCAUCACCCUGGAGGUGGAGCCCAGCGACUCCAUUGAGAACGUCAAGGCCAAGAUCCAGGAUAAGGAGGGAAUCCCUCCAGACCAGCAGCGUCUGAUCUUUGCUGGCAAGCAGCUGGAAGAUGGCCGCACCCUCUCUGACUACAACAUCCAGAAGGAAUCCACCCUCCACCUGGUGCUGCGUCUCCGUGGAGGAAACUGAUCUGCUCCAGCUUGAAGAUGUCUCUGUAUAACCACCAUCUUUAUCCCAGUAUUGAAGAGGAAAAACAAAUCCCUUCUGCUCCAAUCAUUCCAUAUUUUUUUUUAAAGUUUAAAUAAAGGUUGUGCAUUCCUGACCUUUUCUUUCUUAAUUUCACUUUUUGCAUUUUGACUGCUUUAGCUGACAGGUUAGUGUUAAAUGUGUUUUCUUUUGGGUUCCAGACUUUGAGUUGAGGCAUUUUUCAUCUGUAACAGAAAAUACACAAACGUGUUGAAGUGAUGAAAUUAGACUAAAAUAAGUAUCUGCAUGGUAGAAGAAAUGUUCAGUGUGUUCAUUAAGACCUCCAGAGAGGAGCCUCUAUUGAAAUGAUGCUGUUUAAAAUGUUGAUCAUAACUAAUAAAAAGGAUUCUUAAAUCAU